GAUAGAGAUCGAUCCAUGGCAGCUACCGGCGCGAGCAGGGAGGAACGGUGGAGCCUGGCAGGCGCGACGGGGUCGGCGCUCGUCACCGACGGCAGCAAAGGGAUCGGGCAUGCGAUCGUGGAGGAGCUGGCGGGGUUCGGGGCGCGUGUGCACACGUGCUCCCGGAACGCGGCGGAGCUCGAGGAGCGCCGCCGGGCGUGGGAGGAGAAGGGGCUUCAGGUCACCGUCUCCGUUUGCGACGUCUCCUCGCGCGACGACAGGGAGAAGCUCAUGGAGACGGUGAAGCAUACCUUCGUCGGCAAGCUCGACAUACUGGAGGAAUGAACCAACUUACAAGGAGCCUAGCCACCGAGUGGGCCCAUGACAAGAUUCGUGCGAAUGCCAUCGCCCCAGGCUUCACAAACAGUGACAUGAUAAGACAUAUAGACCCGGAGGUCCAAGAGCAGGAGUACU